AUGGCAAGUACACGGCUUGUUGAAUAUUCGGGAAGUUCAGAAUCAGAGGAAGAUGAAACAGAACCACUCGAAAGCACGAAGGACAAAAGAAAGAACAUUGAGAAUGAAUUACAACAACCAAAUAAUGUGAAGAAGAUUCGGAAGAAAAGUCCUGUAAAAGAACUUCUUCCUUUGCCUGAUGACAUUAAGAAUUUAUAUAAAGAAACAGAAAAUCUUAUUGGCGAUGAUCCAACACAACAUGAUGGACGUAUCCGUAGUUUUCCUCAUUUGGAAGGCAAUUGGGCAACUCAUAUCUUCAUUGAAGUGGAACUGAAUGAAGAUCUGUUUGAGUUGCAGCAACUGCUUUUCUCUCAAUUGAAACCGUACACUGAACUAAAACCCAUGAACCAUUAUCAUAUUAGUCUCUCAAAAACUGUUGCCAUACGUCACCAUUGGAUUCAGCCUCUCACUGAUGGACUAUCAAAAGCAUUUCAAGAAUUUUCUCGAACAUUCUGUACGUUCCAUACUGUGAAUUUUUUCUGCAAUGAAGAAAAAACUCGGACAUUUUUGAUCCUGGAAGUAAACUCUAACACUGAUAUCCUCAUCAAUUACAUCGAUGAAGUAGAUAAAGUCUUCAAAGAAUUCAAUUUGCCUCCAUUCUAUACAAAUCCAUCCUUUCAUAUCAGUAUUGGUUGGAGCCUUGGAAACAUUAUCCCUGAUGUGCCUCCUUCGAUAUUAUCAGACAUACAGCAUCAAGUCACUAAUUUCCUAAGUGAACAUAUGAACCAUUUGAUUAUUCCUGUGGAUGAAAUCCAAUGUCGGACUGGCAAUAAGCUCUUUCGAUUUCCAUUGAAAUCUUCUGCUACAUUCCAGAAAUUAAAGAUCCAUAGAUGA